AUGGCUACUCCCUUCCAGAUUCAGGUUGAGCCUCAAAACUCUGGGCUGUUGGGAUUUAAAGUCGGUCAAAGUGAGGCUUCAAAGGUGACUGAUUUGCUUCAAAAGGAUCUCGAGAACCACCAUGUCUUCUUCAACGAGUCAGGUUUCCACGACCAUCUUGUGCAUCAAGUUCUCACCUUGUACGGUACUGGCGCAACAACAGAUAUUCUUAGUAAAGCCUAUGAUGCCAACAAAACUUAUCAACUCAAAGCCAUGAAGCCAAAGUCCGAUGUUAUUGACAAGCUCGAGCAUGGCUCGGAUUGGUCCGAGUAUCUUGGCAAAGGGCGCAACUACGCCACCUUCUUUCGUUUCUUCCAGGAUGAAAUCGAGAGAAUUGGUUGGCAAGACACUCUCAAGGAGUAUCUCUUCAAAGACGAUGCGCGAGGUCGCGAUAUGCAGAGCCGCCUCUUCGCUGGUGUCCUUCAUCCGCUGAUCCAGCUUCUUUACGGAAUGGAAUGGGAGCAGCCAAUGAUUAUCGCUGCGGCUCUUGCGCAGACUGCCGUUCAUCGAGAUGAUUAUCAUGAGUUUCUAACUUCAGCGGCUGAGAAAGCUGAAAGCGAUAGUGCACCACCAAGGAUGAAGACUAUUCCUGGGCUUUAUGAGGAGGCUGUAAAGAACGAGAAGCUUGUAAACAGUUCGCACUGGGAGGAUUCGAAUCGAGUAUUUGAUGGUGUUCUCGCCAGAGAAAAGGAGGAGAUGAUUAACUUAGCGGCGAGGGUGCGAAUCGACGAGAAUGAGUUGGAUGAAAGAGCAGCGGAGAUGGUACAUAACGCUGCCUUUGUUGUUGCAGGCGCUGCUUUCCAUCCCCCUUACCAUCCCAGAUUCGACUUUAUUCUGAUGCAUCACACAACAUCUACGCCUUUCUUCCUCGUUCUGAACAAGCAAUCGUGGAUUCCAGCGUCUACCAAAGCGCGUCUGCUCGAGAACAAGAUCCGCAUGGAUCUCUUGCAAUACAUCGCUCGCGGCUCACCUACUCUCAGAGUCGACAUGCUUCGGGAGUACAUGCCCAAAGAUGGAGACAAGCUGGUGGAAAGGUCAGAGGAUUUGUUCCCGAGAAUCCAUAAAAUCAUGGAUGAUGGACACACUGUCAAGUUGGCGAGGGCACUUAUGCUGGCGCAGCGAGUGACAAAGCCGUAUCAGGAUAGAGAUUGGGUGCGAAUUAAGGACGAUGAAUGGCUCAAGGCAGUGUAUGUGUUGAUGGAUGCAAACGAAGAGGCCGAUAGCCAGGAAGGGACCAUGUGGGUUCGAUCAGCAGGUUUUGACGAGGCGUGGGAAGAGAUUCCCAAGGCAAAGAUGUAA